CCUCCACUUCCUUAAAUGGGUCGAAUCACCGCCUCCUAUGGGAGGUGGUGGUGGUGGUCCUGGUUGGUGUGCCAAGCACAUCAAAGCAGUCAUGAACAUUGGUCCUGCAUUUCUUGGUGUGCCGAAGGCAGUUGGUAAUAUGUUGUCAGCUGAGAGCAAAGACGUUGCGUUUAUCAGAGCUAUGGCUCCUGGUCUUUUAGAUUCUGAUAUUCUUGGGCUUCAAACUCUGGAACAUGUUAUGCGGGUAUCAAGAACCUGGGAUUCCAUCAUUUCUUUGAUGCCAAAAGGAGGAGAGACCAUUUGGGGUAACCUGGAUUGGUCUCCGGAAGAAGGGUAUAAAUGUAAUUCAGCAAAGAAAAGACACUUGCAACCCUCUCAAAGGGAAAAUAAUAGCAACAAUAGUGACAGAAAGAUAGGUUUCCAGGUUGAAGAGCCAACAAGAUACGGAAGGAUAGUAUCUUUUGGUAAGGCAGCAUCAGAGUUACCCUCUUCACGGCUCCCUGUUAUUCAUUCAAAGGAAUUUUCGCAAACAAGUGCUGCCACCAAUUCUAGUGCAUCAUGUGGAGAGAUUCGGACAGAAUAUGAUGAGAUGAGCCGGGAAAGCAUUCGAAAAGUUGCAGAAAACAAAGCCUAUACGGUAAGCAGUCUAAUAGAUCUUCUCCGCUUUGUGGCGCCGAAAAUGAUGCAAAGGGCUGAGGCUCACUUCUCCCAUGGGAUAGCCGAGAAUCUAGAUGAUCCAAAGUAUGACCAUUAUAAGUACUGGUCAAAUCCACUUGAGACCAAGUUGCCUGAUGCUCCGGACAUGGAGAUUUACUGUUCAUAUGGAGUUGGAAUUCCCACCGAGAGAUCAUACGUGUAUAAGCUGUCACCUUCCUAUAGGUGCAAGAGUAUCCCUUUCCAAAUCGAUAGCUCAGCCGAUGGAAGUGAUAGUGGCUGCUUGAAGGGUGGGGUGUACUUUGUGGAUGGUGAUGAGAGUGUGCCUGUUCUGAGUGCUGGGUUCAUGUGUGCCAAAGGCUGGAGAGGAAGAACCCGAUUCAAUCCGUCUGGCAUUGCUACGUACGUAAGGGAGUACAGGCACAAGCCACCUGCGAGCCUGCUUGAGGGGAGAGGUCUUGAGAGCGGUGCUCAUGUUGACAUCAUGGGAAAUGUUGCAUUGAUUGAAGAUGUAUUGCGAGUUGCUGCCGGAGCCACUGGUGCAGAUUUGGGAGGUGAUAAAAUCCAUUCGGACAUCCUACGAAUGUCUGAGAGAAUUAACGUUCGCCUGUGAUUGGCCAUUUGACCCGAAGAUUAUAAUAUUGCAUGGUCGAUCACCACAACCAUACCGGAAAGAGCAGCAUACUCAAGUGUCCUAGGUACAAUUUGGAAAGAGAGAGAGAGAGACCAACAGGCAUGGCGGUCCGAACGGCCUAAUACCGAAGCAAAGACGGGAAACCUUUCCUUGACAUGUUCCUCCAAGGAUGUCCAUUCACUUAGGAUGCUGAAAAUGCUGUUCAGCUGUGACAAAAGUUAAAGAGAACAGGCAGACCGAAGAAAGAGUGAAUGCCAUAGCGUAGUAAUAAACACAAGACAGUUGCUAAGUAGAAACCGCAAUAUAUUUACUGACGUUUUCAUUUGGCAAAAUCAAACAACAUGAAAGGAUAC